CAGGGUUUCUCAAAAUGCUCCAAGGAAGAGGUAAUGGAGUUCUGGCAAAGUGUGGCGAAGGAGCUGAAUAGUCUGGGCCCACCAACCAAAGACGUGUCGAGCUGGAAAAAAUUGUGGUUAGAUUGGAAGGCCUACAUAAAGAGGAAGCUAUCCGAAAACAAGAAGGAGCAGGCAGCAACAGGCGGAGGACGAAAUAGGCAGCACCAUUUCAAUGAAUUGGAAGAGGAAGUCAUUAAGAUGACAGCUUUAGAGACCAGCACGCACGGCAUCACAGGUACGGUAAGUGUUGGACUACCUUCUGCCGGCGUAGGAAGUUGCGAGGCCGAUCCCGACGUAUCCAUGUUGUCGGGGAACUGCAGUCCAUUCCUCCCGAGACGUGCUCCAACUGUCCAGAAGCGAGCCGACACAAGUGCUGCAGAACUUUUGGAAGAACAACUGGAACUUCAAAAGGAUUUCCAACAAAAGAGUGUGGAGGUAGAGCAACGAAGGUUAGAAAAGUUGUCAAGAAAUAAAUAAAUACACUAAUUUCAUUGAAAACAACGAAUGUUUGUAUUAAAAUAGAUUUUUCUUGUCAUCCAUG